AUGACAUCAUAUCCAAAAGUGUUAGCUGUGUCUGUUAGCUGUGUUAGCUGUGAACGUUUGCUAUGUCUGCAUGGGCAGUAUGACAGCAAAACAUUAGAAGAAGCUGUUGAUCUUGUAAAAAAUGGGCUACUCGAUGCGGUAGCUGCUAGUAAAAGAUUUGGAAUACCUGCUUCUACGAUUCGGAAAUAUAAAUUGUACAAUUGUUCCGUUGGUGCUGGACGAGAAACAGCUUUAACGCAUGAACAAGAAGAUACCAUAGUCAAAAUUCUAGUAGCUUAUGACGAAUGGGGCUAUCCAAGAUCACGUCGUGAAACAUUGGAUUUAGUAAAAAAAUUUGUACAAGAAAUGGGUUUAUCAAAAAAGUUCACCCACGGUAGUCCCGGCGUUGAAUGGUUAAGAUUAUUUUUAACACGUUGGAAAACUGAGCUAACAAGUACAAGUAUCAAUCUGGAAAAACGUCGAGCCGUAUGCUUAACAAGGCAACGUGUUGAUGCAUAG